AGAAGAGAGGUGACUUCAAUCUCAAGGUGGAACGCUGGUAGGGACGAUCCAUUAUCUUUAAAUAUGUACCGAUCUGGCCUACUCAUUUUGUCACCGCAUGUGCACUCUCAGAAGUUAUUCUCUUUGUUAAAAUUUGUUAGCAAUGUGGUGAAUGAAAAGCUGUUUUUAGCAAUUCCACGAAGUCCUUCAGAUUUUAUGUUUUGGAAAAAGACGGCUACGUUGUGUUAUACAACCGCAUGUAAGGUUUGCCCAUCACUAAACGUCUGUCUUCUUCUUCCUACCACCAAGUAUACCAAGCCUUCAGUAAAGUUUGAUAUUGUAAUUUCACAGGAAUCUGAAUUUAGUCCCGUUUGGAUUUUAAAUGAAGCCCACAAUAUCAAUCCACUUUACGGUGAUCGUGUUAUGUAUGCUACCAUAGAUAAUUCUGAAUCAGACCUACCAAUUACUGAUGAUCAGAUAACUGUUGCGUCAUCAGAUGAAUCACAUGAGGAUAUCUCCCGUGUAUGUCUUGGUGGUACUUUUGAUCGGUUACAUUAUGGACAUAAAAUUCUACUUACCGUUGGUGCUCUGUUGGCUAAAGAACAUUUGCUUGUUGGUGUAACAUGCUCUGAUUUACUUUCAAGUAAAUGUCUUAGCCCAUUGAUAUUUUCAUGGGAGAAGCGCAGUAAAAUUGUUCAAACUUUUCUCAGUGAUAUAGGCGUACAGUCCAAAAUUAUGAAAAUUGUUAAAUUAUCUGAUAAAUUUGGUCCACCUGGAUAUUCUUCAGAAUUUGACUGUAUUGUAGCCAGCUCCGAUUCUUUAGAUAAUUGUGAAAAAUUGAAUGAAUUACGACGUGCGAAUGGAUUUAAGCCGUUAAAAAUCGAAGUGAUCAAUUUUAUAUGUUCAGCUAAGAUCUCCAACGAAUAUAAAGCCUAUCCUUUUGACUUGUCGGAUUUAAAGUUAUGUUCUUCAAAACUUCGUUUCAAUGAACUAGGCAGUCUGUUAAAACCUGUUAAUAAUAUAACUGUAAACAAUUCAUGUAGUCCAUAUUUGAUUGGUUUAACAGGACCGUCUGGUUCUGGUAAAUCAUCAUUGGCUAGACGACUCGAACAUUUAAGUGACCAAGUUCAUGUAAUCGAUUGUGAUCGUCUCGGUCAUGAAGCAUAUAUUCCUGGUACUCCUUGCCACCAAGCUCUUUUGUCUCAUUUUGGACGAGAAAAAAUUGCAUCUCCAGUGCCACCCUAUGCAAUAGACAGAGGCCUACUAGGAAGGCUAGUUUUUUCUGAUCCUGCUCAACUGAAAGAUCUGAAUUCCAUAGUUUGGCCUGAAAUAUUAAAAAAAUUCUGACAGUUGUAAAAGAAAUAGAAUGUAAAGCAUUAGAACAAGAUCGGGAUCCUAAACGUCCGGUUAUUAUUAUAGAUGCAGCGGUGCUUUUACAGGCUAGGUGGGAUGAAAUGUGCCACGAGGUAUGGUUAACAGUUUUAUCCCAAACAGAAGCUCAGCGCCGGCUGUGUGAGAGGAACAAUUUAAGUCCGGAAGCAGCAUCAGAACGUCUUGCACGACAAGCUUCUGCUGUUGCUGAAGUGACUGGUGGGUACACUUGGUUUGAAGCAGGUCAGUAUUGUUCUCAGAAAAGUCCUAUCGACUAUGCUCAUGUAAUUCUAAGUACAGAAUGGGACCCAGAAUGUUCGCAGUAUCAAGUUGAAAAGUCCUGGAAAGCGCUACAACAAAGGUUAGAGUUAACUACAACAACCCAAUGAGUGUUUGCUAUCACGAAUUUGCAAUUUCUUAUCUGCUAAUUUGACGCUAUGUAUUCAAUUGGUUGAGUUUUUAUAAUGAAUUUCACUUAUGGAACAAACAUGAUUUCUUAGCUAGUUGGACUUUUUCUAUCAGUCGAUAUUUCUAUGACCGUGCAUAAUAAACCAUUAUUAUUUUCGA